UUGCAUUCUGCAAGAGUCAUUCUAGCAAGUGGCGAUUGUGUUGCAAGAUGUCAAGAGGAGGUCUCUGUCUGGAGGCGCAGGUCGUCAUUGAUGUGUGAGAUUGUGCUGUGGGUAUGCUUGUGGUGUGUUGGCUUUUCUGUUUGUUUUCCAUUUCAGCUCUGUCCGUGUGACCCAGGUUCUCGCAAUGGCAUCCAAGUCAACGUGCAUUAGUCGUGAAGGAAAAAAGGGUUGGAUCCCUUUUUUGCCGGGGAGUGUCAAUGGAGUUGAAGAUUGAACGAUCAAUUCUUGGUUGUUUGCUCAAAAUCAACUUCCUCGAUUUUCGCGGAGGCAUCAAUACGACAGUCAUCGUCUCAUCGGUCGCUGUUCAGAAAGAAGAGUUAAACAUCGUUAGAAGUAACAUAACGAUUUAUUAUUGUAAUAUUUGUUUACAGACCUUAGUUUUCUUAGUUUGCUUAGUGAUACUUGAUUUAUAUGCUGGUGUAACAAUACAUAAUACUCAAGUCAACAAUUGGUGUUCUGGUUUUUCGUCCGUUAUAACUAAGCGUUUCGAAAAUCUUCAAGGAACAGCGUGGGCCCGAGCGUAGCGAGAGCUGGGCAUUAACGGUUUAUGAGACGGUAGCUGACAGGCUCCAAGACUCCUAAAGUCUUGCAGCCAAAGCACCUUCCUUCACAAUUCCCUUUAAGUUAUAAAAACAACCCGAAGGUGUAUACCGGUAUGACGAAUAGCAGUUGGAUGGGUAGACCUUUUGAUGCUAUGCCUUUUAACCGUCAACCUAGGCCCAACCUGUACUACCCUUAUAUCCAGGAACACAUGGUAAAUUUUCCAGGUGUCCCGAAUCACUGGUACGACCCAUGGCACCUAGGACCACUUCAUUGCACUCCAACCCCGAUGUACAGACACCCAGUCCGACCUCCCUUUCAUUCAUAAAUUCUUGCGGUGCUGACGCACAAAUAGAUUUAGGUUAUGGUGACAUUUUAAGCCAGUUUGUAGUAUCCCGUGACUUAUUCACGAUAUUGCUAAUUAAUGCACGUUCCUUAAUCAAUAAGAUAUCUGAACUAAGGACAUUAUUAUUAGUCGCCAAGCCUACUGUAGCUCUGAUUACUGAAUCAUGGUGCUCAUCCUCUGUACUUGAUGUGCAUAUAGGUAUCGAUGAUUACACUGUACACCGUGCAAACAGAGAUUGCAAGCGUGGUGGAGGAUGUCUCAUAUAUAUACAUAGCUCAUUUGUAGUCAGUAAGGUGGAAGAUGAAACAAUGAAUAAUGUACCUGACUCACUCUGGGUUGUCUUACAUGGAGAUAAGUACAAACUUCUCAUAGGCUGUGUUUAUCGAGCACCAAGCUCAACAAAAGAAACUGAUGCGUUAUUAGCUAAAUCGUUUGCACACGCAUCCUCGUUUAGUGCUAAUUACAAAAUAAUUGCAGGGGACUUCAAUCUUCCAGAAGUCAAUUGGCUAACUAGUUCCGGCCCCCAACGCUUCGACGAAUUACUUGCCACUAUAGACUGUUAUGGAUGGCAACAACACGUCCAGACACCUACUCGUGGUGACAACAUGUUGGACCUUGUUUUUUGUCAUGACACAAUCCCAGUAUCCACGUAUGUUGGUAAUCGAUUUUCCAGUAGUGACCAUAGAAUGGUACUCUGCUCUCUGCCUUUCUCACCACUAAAUACAGGAAACAAACAAGACUCAGGAAGCACAAUAUGUCGUAGUUACAAAUAUACAGACUGGGGAUUAGUCCAAGAACUUAUUCGACUCUGUCAAUGGGAUGACUAUUUUACCACUGACUCCCUGGAGGCCUUAGUAACCCUGUUUUACAGGAAUGUUACCCUUUGUCUAGAUACAGUUGCUCCAAAGAAAAUAGUGAAAUUAAGUAGACACCGAACUGAAUAUAUUCCAAGGGCACACCGUAAUAAGUUAAGGAAACUGAAGAAACAGUACUAUUCCACUAAGGACAUAUCACUAUUGCUCUCAAUCCACGAGUCUCUUGAAUCUCUCAAGCGCCUACGCUCUCAAAAGGACCUCGACGAAGAGUUAACGGCACUUGAAAGUACCUCCAAAGUUUAUAACUUAACGGCACUUCUUAAAAAACGAAUGCAGUCGGCGAGGGAAAUCCCAUACUUACUUCACGACAAAGUAAUCUACAAUGAACCUGCCACUAUCUGUGAACUCUUCAGUGAUUGGUUUGCAAACUUUAGUUUAGAAACACAUAUGCCUGGUGAAACCGCUCCCCUUACUAUCUCUUCCCUUGAAAGCAUUGUGUUCACUAAUCAGUUAAUAGUACAAGCAAUUAAAAGCCUUAAACCUUCCACUAGUACGGGACCGGAUGGCCUCGCUUCGAUAAUUUUCAAAAACAGUGGGUGUGAUAUACCCUUGUUACUUCUUAAAUUCUUCUCAAUAUCUAUGGACACUGGCACUUACCCUAGUGAGUGGAAAACUAGCUUCAUAAUUCCACAUUACAAAUCUGGUGAUAGGGCAAACGUCCGCAAUUACAGACCCAUAAAUAUAACCCCAGUUAUCUCACGAAUCAUGGAGAAAGUUGUAAAAGAUCAAUUGUCAGACUACCUAAUUAGGGAAGAUCUUGUUACAAGGUCUCAACACGGAUUUCUCAAAAAUAGAUCCUGCGUUACUUGCCACUUCGACUUUUUCAACUGCAUCACUAGUAGUCGCGAAGCACGUAAGCUAGUCGUUGUUCUCUACUUCGAUAUAUCUAGGGCAUUUGACAUGGUAUCUCACAGUAUUCUCUUUGAGAAGCUGUACUCUUGUGGAAUUCGCAACCCAUUACUGAACUGGUUAAAAUCAUUUCUAAGCAACAGGGUACAAAUAACCAAAGUUGGAUCUGUAUUGUCUCAUCCUAGGCAGAUCUCAAGUGGGGUCGUGCAAGGUAGUGUCCUAGGUCCACUUUUAUUCACAGUCUACAUUAACAGCAUUUGCAAGUGCUUCACCUUAGGCAAACCAUUCCUAUAUGCUGACGACCUCAAAGUCGUCUACUCCUGCUACACUCAUGAAUUAAGCGAUAUGGUUACUAAAAUACAUCUUGAACUAAGUAGUCUCGCAUCAUGGUGUGCUGAUUCCUGUCUAAAUUUUAACAUUGACAAAUGCGGCUGGAUUUGUAUUGGCAACAGUAACCUUGAUCUAACUCUUGAAAUAAAUGGGCGAAAACUAGCUAAGCUCAACUCAGUCGUAGAUCUCGGUAUUAGAUACUCUAGUAACCUAACGUUCGCUGAACAGACUGAUUAUGCCAGACGUAAAACGCGAAGGCUGAUAGGAUGCAUAACACGCAAUUUCUUUUGUUGUGAAACUAGGGUUUUAUUAUACAAAGUAUGUGUCCGACCUAUCUUAGAAUACUGCCCGUUUAUUCUUAGCGGACUAAGACAAAAUGACAAGCUUAAAUUAGAGGGAGUGCAACGGCAGUUUACCUCAAGAACUCUUGGUUUAGAAAGUGGUCUGGAAUACCAUGAGCGAUGCGAAAGACUAAGAUUAGAACCCCUCUGGAAAAGACGCCUUAAGCUAAACCUUAUCUUUUACUACAAGCUAACUAAUCUUCUCUUGCAUUCCUCCGAGCCAAUAACUAAACCUACCGCUGUCAUCAGUUACAAUCUUAGAAAUCAUCACAACCUAGCUGCUAUGGAGCACUGUCAGACUUACGUGCGGUACAACUUCUUCUUAAAUAAGUUUUCAGUCAUUUGGAAUAGACUACCAGCUAAUGUGCGCGAUGCAAACACACUUCCAGUGUUCAUCUCCUCAGUCACCAGACUACUCAAAGAUGACAAUGCACUUUUGCGCCUGACUCUUACACCUUCUUUUUCACCCUACAUAGAUAUUUUAAGUUCUUUAAACGUGUAGUUACAACAAACUACAAUUAUAAAUUUUAAUAUUAUUGGAACUAGAUGAUAAACAUUUCUACACAGGACAGUAAUAUUAGUUUACACAUAAUAUAAAAGUUAGCAUAACGGGACUAGUUAGUUUGUGUACCAAAAUAACCACAGUUACUAAACAGAAUAUAUAUGUAUAUAUUUAUUAAUCACUCCUUAAGGACUCCCGUUGCUUUCUUUUGCGUUGCUGUUGUUUGUCUUCUUUUUUCUCUCACCAUUUCAGCUUCCAUUUGACUUUUUGAAUGAGAAUGAAUAAUGUGGAUAUUUGACCAUUUACAAUGACAAAUGAUCUGCAAACAUUAUUGGUCCAGUAUCUUUCAGUUGCCUGGUUAAUAACGAAUUAACUUUCUCCACGACGCAACCUGGAUUACAUUUGUGGAAUAUACUCUUAUACCAAUGGAAAAGUAUCAAUUUGUAAUACAACGUCACGAUUGUAGCUUAUAACAUAACUGAUCGUAUCUGUAAAAAUAGCUUCCUUAUUACCCAAUUUGGAUAUAAAUCAAAUCAAAAAUAAGAUUCGGAUUUGUACACACCCAAGUUAUAUUGAGGAAUUACUUCAAGCUUUAUUUUUUCCCAAGUAUUUUUAA